AUGGGAUGCACUUGUGGACAGUGUGAGAGAAUUGGCGACAGAAUCUUUCAGAGUGCUGUUAUGAACAAUUACGCAACCAUUUUACAGUGUUUCAAAUCGCGCCAUGUUUCUUCUGUUGGUGUUUGCUGUCUCACAUCGAUGGACACUGAUGCAGGUCGGCCUGAGAAACCACGUGAUUUUGACGAAUCACACUCUUGUGCAACUAAGAACUGUCCUCUCGGUUCUGACUGUUUUCGAGGCGCAUGCUUCCCCAAGAAAGGGUUGAUAUGUAGCAGUGCUAUGGAUGCUGGAAGGAGGUGCACCACAUCACCAGCGUCAGUGAGCGUUGCUCUCCUGACGACUGGAGAACCUCUCCAGUGUUCUUCAGACGAUGACUGCAAUGGUGGAUUUUGUCGCUUUAAUUCGGCCAUCAUGACGAGGAUAUGUUGCACUAAU